GGGUGAGUCAGGUGCGUCUGGCGGUGCGCCGGGCGACGACGGAGCCAGCGCUCAUUGAUUCAUGACGGACGCAGCUGCGGGGACCGACGCCGCGUGGGGGUACUACGACUUGCACUCGACCCCCACGGCUUCGCCGUACUUGCGACACCAACGCCGGUCGUACUCGACGUCUCCGCACCAACCCCACCCCGACGCCAAGGUCGCGUCAUGCGCACCGUUGCCGCUCCGCACGAUCCGACGAGUCACGUGUCUGCAGCAACUCGGCGGGAUGUCCACGGCCCACUCGUCGCUCUCGUCCAACAACGUGGCGGGAGUCACGAACGCCUUGACUGUCCCGCCGUUGCCAAAGCACUCCCCGACGAUCCACAAAUGGGUGAGUUUGCCACCGCCGCCCACCCCGACAACACCACACGUGAACCGAACGUCUGCUGGAGCGAUACCCGACAGCGCUCCACCGCAUGAGUUGAUGGUCAAGACUGGAAUCCUUCGACAAAGCGGCCGCACUGUCGUUGUGUCUUUGCAAGAUCACCACCUCGCGUGGCAAGCCGUGGACUCGGCAUUCCAGCCCUUAAAAGGGACCACCAAGCACAUUCUCGUCGUCGCGCCACUGCUCACGACCGUGCAAGCGUUCCAGAAGCAUUGGACCAUCACGACUAACAACACCGUGCUUCGAUUCGACUGCCCCGCUGCUGGCUCGUGCGCAGCGUGGGUACGAACCCUACGUCGCGUUUUGAACAAUGCCACGCCGCCGCUAGACCAUCCGUUGGUUCGUCAUAUGCCACCGAUGGUGGCAUGGACCGGACCGCCUCCCCGCGCAUCAGCCAUGUCGUCGAAUUGGGCGUCAGCGCCCAUUCGAAUCACGGCAAUGCAUCCCUCCCACCCACCGCCACAAGCCCCCUUUCUCGGCCAUGCUGCCCAUGACGGAUCCAUAGCAGCUCUUCCUUGAGCUCCUAUUUAUUCUGGUGCGCCGUCACACGAUCGAGCCGACGACAUCGUGUCGUGGGCACGACCUCUCGUCCAUGUGACAGAUAUAUUCGUUUGAUUGGUGGAAAUGUUAAAUUUGUAGCGAAUCAUGCAACGUCAAUCCAUUUCAGUGAAAUUCAUUGGUCAAAAUAAAUGGAAUAAUGCCCACUCAGCGGUCAGCUUCGACUAGGCAACUUCGUUGUCGGCAUCGGCAGCCAAUUUUUUCAUCGCGGCCUUCCGCUUGACUUUGUUCAUCUUUUCCUCAAAGGAGAAUCCGCAUUUGCGCUGGAGCAGCGGGAUGUGCUUGAGCCCUUUGCCUGCAGCGGGAAGGCGGUGCAAGAUCUCGCCAAACUCCACGUGCGCAUCGACAUCGUACGCGUUGAACGCGGCGAUCUGGCCAUCACGCUCAGCUGUAAUGCAGCGAAUGGAAGGACGUACAUGAGCUGCUGUCUGCGGGGUUUGGCGACGCUGGAGCUCGACGAUCGCGCGAUGGGGCUGCACGGGCAGCUUCUUGAGCGUGUCCAACUGGUUCCGCAGCAACGCGGCGCGCAAGUUGGCCGCUUCCCACUGGUUCUCCACGUCAUGGUACACGCGGUUCACAGCCCCUGGCAUGAAUCUGCUCACGUUGAGGACGCCGAUCCAUAGAAAGAAGUAAAGAGACGACUUCGCACCGCAAGUCGAUCGAGGCGAACGCGCAGUCGUGGAGGACAAGCGGCAAGUCCGGCGCCAUUUCGUACUGCACACAUUUCCCGUCAGCGCCGCAUGCAGUGGAGAGAAACACACGCCAUCGACGCCGCGUUCGAAGACGGUGCGGAGAAUGGCAUCAACCUGUCCUUUGGCACGCACCUGGGGCUUGCGCGGGCACGCGUCAAUGUCAAAAACAAGAUCGCCGCCAUGCAACGUACUUGAUGCCAAAGGAACGCGCGGCCGUGAACCUGUUUCGGGCGCCAUCCAGGCCGUCAAAGCGCCGACGAGAUGUCCACCGCACCUGAAAGUAGCACAGGUCGUAGUACGGGUCGGUGGUCGCGUCGUUGACCUGAUGCACUUGAAACGACAGAAUCUCGCGUUCAAAGUUGGUCACAGUCGGGUCCAUGCGGCAAAAGUUUCGGUAGUCGUGCUUGCCUUGCAGCAACUGCGCCGCCGACGCCAUGGCCUGGACGACACGUGAUCCAGGCACCGGGGAUAACGUCAUCCCACAUAUGAGAUGUCACGAUGACGAAACGUACGUCGAGAUCGAGCGAACGCCGGUGAAAAAAGUAACGAUACGUCCGGCCUUGGCAGAGGAAACGCGCGCUCCACUCCGGCGGCGCCGGCGCCCAUGCGUACACUCGAAUAUCCUACCCUGUUGUCAAACUCCACCAUCGUCGUGUUGUGGACAGCGAUGCCAACAUAGAAGCCAGAAAAAGUAGAUGUACAUGCGGCAGCGCCGAGUUGAGGCACGUGGGGUAAUCGAGUUCGACGAGGGUCUUGAUCGUGCCGUCCGGCAUCUCGACGCGGAAGGUGUCCCCUGCAUGGAUGUCGUCGAUGGUUUUGCCGUCCAAGAGCGUGCCGUCCGCCGGGACGUUCGAUCGCAGGACAAGUCCAAUGACUUGGCCCAGUGCGCUAUGUGGCGGGAAUGAGGACGUCGUUAGAGACCUGAGAAACGAAGCACCUCACACCCGCAUCCGUGCGUCCGCAGCGGGAGUAGCCGCACGUGGCAAAGUUUUCGACGAGCCGAGAAAUUGUCAGCGCGUCAAUCAUGUAGCGUUCAAUUGUUUCCUG